GUCGAACCCAGAUCGGCCUCGCAUUCGGCCCGGGCCCGUUCGAGAAGCAGCAUCUCUUCCGAAGUUCUCUUGAAGUGAGGAGCGCGCCGUAGAGAACUAGCGCCACUCUCAAACUGACUCGCCAAAGCUGCGCGUCACACUAACGGAAAAGGGUCGUUGGCCUCUGUGUGAAGAAUGCAUCGCGACUUCGCGCACUUACUCCCGGUGAUGGGAACGGUAUCACUGAUUUUCUGACCCAUCGGGCUAACCACACUGCCGUCCGAAAAGUUUUGGAAUUAUCAAGUAUUAUUUUAUGUGAACUCUCCAAGGAUUUUUUUUUGAGAGAAAAAAAAAGAUAUUUUUUACUUUCCAUUUUUUAAUUUUUUUUGAAUAAGUGUUAAUAUUCUACUACUGCCGCAACUACAGACUUUUUUGGACUCGUACAGAACUUUUUUGGUGGUGUAUUUCUGGACUAUUUUCGUUUUAUGUAUCUGUAUGAAAAAGAUAAUGGAAAUGAAGUAAAUAGUGGACCUGAUUAUAGAAAGGAGAUUUCCGAAUAAACUGUAUUUUUUUUGGUUCCACGCAAGAGGAACUAUGGAGAUUUUGCCGGUGUGAUAAAUUAUGAUCUUGACUACGUGGGUGCGUACCAUGAGUUUGUUCCACGACAUCAAGUUAAAGAGGCGGAAGAUCGACAGCCACUGUAACAGUGACGGUGAAAUAAAUGCCGAUCUAAACACUUCAUCUCCAGAGAGCCUGACCACAGACAGUCAUGCCAGGGAGACUGAGAAUGGGUCGGCUUCAGGCAGUUUAACUUCUCAUACCUAUCUUUCUGAGGACGGGGUGUCCGUUGCAUCCGGAUCACCACCUCAACUAGAUGUAAUGUGUCAAGACAUUCCUGUAUCACGUAGUGAUCGUGACAGCAGUCCAUUACAUGAAGGGCAAUCCCGCAAGCGCAAAGAGCCCACACCUGAAAAUGAACACAUUGUGAACGGAUCUGUGGAGAGUCCACAGCAUGAACGAAGAAACAGCGUCUUUGAUGGAGGUGGUGAGAGGAACAAUGUUCUUAAUAUGAAUGGUCGGGAAGGUUUAGACCUACGACGUAACAGAAGGGACACCGAAGGCAGCAGUACAUCCCCACCAUCCUUUGAUGAGCAUAGUUCACCAAUGAUUAGGAUGGUGGGCAACCAUUACAAGACACCCUUGGUGAUGGGAGAUAUUCCAGGGGCAGGUCCAGGAAAAACCAUGUUGUGGUCAGCACUAAACGGUGACCGGGUUUAUCCACGUGAUUGCACAAAUUCUUCCCCUCCUAAUUCUUCAAUAGACUCAAUUAAGCAAGUGAGCACACCAUCUCCAGUAAAACUGUCACCCAUUUCAGGAAAUAAUCUUUCUCACGCAUGCUCUCCUCAUUCUCCUCUUCAACCGUCAGUUACCAUAAUAUCUCCUCCAUCAUCAAUGUCUGGAACAGGAGUUCCAGCAUUUCCAACUCUGUACACCACCUCCAAUAAAUCUUCUCUAUUACGUGCGGUGACUUCUUACAGCCCCAAUAAUAGCAAUAGAAGUGAUGUAUUAAUGCAUUUUGCUGCCAGUUCUAGCCGAGCAUCUUACAGUGGACGAGAUGGAAGCCCAGUGGGAUUUACGCGAUAUUGGCCUUGUAAUGGCUUAACCAAUGGAGAUAGUAAAGCUUCGGCAACCAUUGUAUCUUCUUCGCCUCCAAGACCUCGAACUGAUUCUGAAGCUCUGAAUCUAACAACGUGUGGACCAAGUAGUGAAGCUGACACACCUGCUUCAUCAUCAUCUUCAAACGUUGUUGUACCUUAUUCAGCCGUGUCAACAUUAUCAGGCGCAACAUCAAGUCUCGUAACAUCUGCUACAACUGUAACGUCCGCGACAGCUGUAACUUCCGCAGUGACAUCCAUAAACAAUGUUGGUGAAGACGAAGAAGACGAUGAUCAGCCUAUGGUGUGCAUGAUAUGUGAGGACAAAGCAACCGGUCUGCAUUACGGCAUCAUAACUUGCGAAGGAUGUAAAGGCUUUUUUAAACGCACCGUUCAAAAUAAAAGAGUGUACACCUGCGUUGCUGAAGGAAACUGUGAAAUUACAAAAGCACAGAGAAACAGAUGCCAGUACUGCCGAUUUCAAAAAUGCCUACGCCAAGGAAUGGUGCUGGCUGCUGUACGUGAGGAUCGUAUGCCUGGAGGCAGGAAUUCUGGGGCGGUUUAUAAUUUAUAUAAGGUAAAAUACAAGAAACACAAAAAAAGCCAGAAGAAUGGUCAAAUCCGUCAUAUAGAACCCUCCCAGAGGAGUAAUAGUAGUUGCAGCAGUACCAGUGGUAAUAACAUCAACAAUAACAGCAACAAUACCAAUAACAAUCACAAUAUGAAUCCCAACAACCAUAUAAGAUUUGCACCUGCUGCUCCUAUUGAGUGGACAAAUGGUCAGAUCCUGAAAGCUGCCCUGACUAGCCCUUGCGACAUUCUGCAGUUGCGUCGUCAACUGGAAUCUUGGAUGAAUAACGCCAGAGACAGACAGAUGACUCCAGAGCAAGCAAUGAUCAUCAUCAGUCAACUCAUAGAAUGCGAUGACUUUGAAGACAUUGCAGUCGUCACAAACUUGGAUGAACUGAAAGAGGCUAAAUCUGAGCUGAGUGACAAACUCUGUCAAAUAGGAGAUACCAUCGUUUAUAAACUGGUUCAAUGGACUAAAAGACUUCCGUUUUACUUAGAGUUACCUGUCACAGUGCACACUCAGCUAUUAUCGCACAAGUGGCAUGAACUUCUGGUUUUGACAACUUCCGCAUAUGUUGCCAUUCGAUCUAACAACAAUAACAAUGGUCCCUGUACAAGUAGUGGUUACAAUAACGGUGGAGUACCAAAUGGAGCUCCAACCCGUAUGAGCAAUGACGAACUCCAACAUGAGGUUGGCAUGGGUCUUUGUGCACUGCAUUCUGUCCUUGGAGCAAUGGUUGAUGGAGCGAUCUCAUUAGAACAACUGAAAGUAGAAGCCGGCCAAUUGGUAGAACAACUGACUCAACUGACGGCAACGUUCAAAAAGCUGCAGUUAUGUCUAGAAGAAUAUGUUUGUUUGAAAGUGGUGGCGAUGCUGAAUCAAGAAGGAUAUCAAGGGCAAAGAGAGAUUGAAUUAAUCCAGGAGAGAUAUUUGACUGCCCUUCGAGUAUUUGUGGAGAAUCGAUUUCCUCAACAAUCUGGAAGACUCGGUGAACUUCUCAAUCGUCUGCCGGAAAUUCAGUCAGCGGGAGAGCUGCUUCUACAUACGAAGAUGUUUUUCGUCCCAUUGUUCUUAAACACCAAUUUCGCUAGAUAACAGGGGAGAGAGAAUAUUCUGGCUGUUCCUCAACGUCCACCUCUUGCACCCAAUAUCCACAGACGAUGUCCGAGUGGCGAUUGGGCUACAAGGGUGACUUCCAAGAGAGUGAAUGACUGCAAUUAUUGACUAGUCAAGAGCGUUGAGAAAGCCUGCAGAGAUCUGAAGUUACUAGCGAAGGGCAGAAAAUCUAAUGACGUGCAAUAGACCCGAGCUGAGGACGUUGUGUACAGAAUUGCAAAAUUUGUAAUUUUUCUCUUUGUGUUUGUUUUUUUCUAAGCAUUAUGGUUUUUUCCUGCCUCUUGAAGGCACAUUAUUGCUAUUGAAUUUAUCAUUAAAGCAAAAUUUGUUUCGUCCAAA